AAAAAUGGAUAUAUUAUCCGACUUAAAACGUGUUUCAAAUUUAGACGAGUAUAUCUUAGUCACCCAAGAUAUUGUGAGCAAACAUUUAAAAUUUCCUGUUUUAUUUAAUAUGUCCACUGUUCUCUCAUUGAAAAAAGUAAAAACUCUGGAAAUUGACUAUUUUAAUAAGUUUAACGAACAUGGGGCAGCCGUUAUUAUUUUGAAGCUUAUUUUGCGACAUCCUCCCUCUAAAACCUGGGCCUUACUGGGCAAAGAGCUAAUAUCACUUAUAAAAUAUUGGUUUGAAGUUAUUAGGAAGCGUCUCAUAUUUAAUAACAAUCGCUGGUGGAACUUCACAAUUACUUUGAUUGCUUUUAUUGAGAGUAUGUGCGUCAAGUCCAAGACUGUACAUGACGUUAUCGUGCAAGAAACUUGCGAGUGUUUGCUAGAUCUGGCAACACACAACAGGACGGAUUUGAACCAGUGCUACGAAAUCAUACGCUGCUUCAACGCGUGCUGCGCAGAGAGCAGCAGGACAGUCCGGAUCGCUCUCAAAACAAACUUGGACAUCUACCUGGCGCGCGUGGCGGGCGCGGUGCGGGCGAGCGGAGACGCGCGCGUGCAGCUGGCGGGCACGCAGACGCUGGUGCGG